GGAGCCCAAUAUCAUCACCCAGGACCUAGCUGAUACUAAUAAAUGGAGGGUCCAAGCAAGCCCAUUGUGUGAUACCAACAUUUUAAUUCCGAAUUCCUAUCGGAGAGUCGGAGACGAGACACUUCGUAGUUUGUAGUCAAGUUUAGUAGAGAGAAAAGGAAGCAAGAAGAAGAAGAUGAAGCCCAACAAGAAGAAUCCAUUCACCCUCCAUCUCCUCCUCUUCCUCUUUUUGCUUGCCUACCCUUCUGAGGCAUACAACACUGGCACUUUUGGAAGAAAAGCAUUCUCUAGGGAGAUGCCGGGGACUCCCGGCGGUGGAACCGGAGCCCCAACUGGGGGUAGUGGCUCUGGGUCCGGUCAUGGUAGCAACUGGGACUACAGUUGGGGUUGGGGGUCCAGUCCUGGAAGUGGAUGGGGGUAUGGUUCUGGGUCUGCCCGGUCUCCAAGUGGGAAUGGGAGGGGCUUUGGCUAUGGUUAUGGUACUGGGUCUGGCUCUGGCUCUGGGUCUGGCUCUGGGUAUGGUUCUGGUUAUGGUGGUGAUGGUGGUGGUUGGGCUCGUGGCGUCGGUUACGGCUCUGGAAGUGGUCGAGGUGCGUCAGGUGGUGGUGCCGGUGGUUCAGGCGGCCUAGGCAGCCAAAACGGUCGUUCCCCGUCGGUUUCUGGGGCUACAAACAAUCAAGGAAACUGAUGAGCCGGUUCGUUACUUGCGUGACAGUCGUAGUAUGACAGCUUCUUAGCUAGUAUAACAGAUAUAUAUAGUAAGCGUAUGAGUAGUAAACAGAUUGUAAUGCAUGCUAUAAACAUUGAUAUAUAUAGCAUCUGCAGACUGUAAGUGUAUUAUAUAGAGAUGAUUUUUCUUUCAAGUUUGAAUUCCACUAUAUAGAGGCUUUUGUUUCUACUUUUUUCAGGAGAACCCUGAAACUGAAUAAUACUAAGGCCUCCUCUCUCUCUCUC